AUGCCCGCCAUCUCGCAGAUGAGCAAGAAGGAGCUCGGCAUCGAGAUCGAAAAGUUAGGUGGUGUGGCCAACUUGGAGCGCCGGAAGAUGGAGUUGCAGGUUCAGCUCCUGUCGCUUCGGGAGGAACAAGGAAUCUCCAGCUCAACGAAGGCGACCCAGACCGACUACCAGCGGCUGACGGUGGCCAUGAAUCGAGCGGGCUCCAAGAAGGCCGAUGUGAUGGCGUUCAUGGAGAAGGAGUUGCACCUCCACCCCCGGAGCAACGACACUUUGGUGCAGCUUCAGAAAGCAGCUCUGUUGAAGAUCUACGACAUGGCUGCCAUCCACGAGACCGACCCCGUCGGGUUCGGACACUACAGCACUCUGUCCUAUGCAGAGGUCCUCACUGCUCACCCAGACUAUGUCAAAUGGGUGCGCGCCACAGCUGCCGAAGGGCAGUGCAACCCUCUGAUGACGCGACUGGCGACGUGGAUCGAGCGGACCGAGUCCUCUACUACAACAUCGGCGACGACCGCGCUGAGCAAGGAGAAGGCCACCAGGCCCAAGGCGAAAAGCACGUCGGCUCCCUCGGCGGUCUCGGAGUAUCCGGCUUCAAGCAGCUCAAUGGACUCCCAGAUGAUGCAACAGCUGGUGGGGGAGAACCAUCCCGACGAGGAGAUGAUUCCCGAGGUCUCCGAUGGCAGCUUCGUGGUCCCUUCGAUGAAGAACGAGACGAUCACCUCCGAAACCAACGAGGCCUGGAGCAUAGUUCCUGAGCUUUUCCAGAGUUUGAGCGGUCAUGAGCGGCUAGCCUUAUUGGAGGUGCGCGACGAUGGCGAGACAAUCUACGGACGGAAGCUCCCGCUGGCGGGGCAAUGGGUACAGUUCAACCCGAAGGCCCAUUGGCAGAUUGGCACAUGUGAACAGGCCAUUCAGGGCAUCAAGGAAGCGUUGCACAAGUUGGCUCAAGAAGAGCCCGAAGCCGUUUUUCUCCCAUCCAACACGCCUUUUGGAAGGGCAGCGGACACAACCGGAAGACUGAUCAAUGAGGCACAUGGCAUGCCAGACGAGCUUCAAGUGGAGAACGCAGAUGGUGAGUUUGAGAGAAAUGUUCAAAGACAAAGUGCAGCUGAGAAGGCCUUCUCUGAAUGGCAGGCGCACCAGCGCCUGCUGCGGGCGGCUCACUCGAGGGCACAGCCAGUGCGAGAUUACUUGCCGGGUGAGCUUGUAUACUUCUGGAGGACGCAAGAGUCAGGGAAGCACAAGGUGGCACCGGGAACGCAUAAGGGCCGUUUUCUGGGCCCCGCGAGAAUCCUCGCGACGGAGACGAAGAGGGAUCAACACGGACAAUUGCGUCCGGGAAGUGCCAUUUGGUUGGUGAGAGGCCGGCAGCUCAUCAAGUGCGCGCCCGAACAUCUGAGACACGCCUCACCUCGUGAAGAACUUGUCGAGUCCCUGACAUCAGGGGACCAGAAGGUGCCUUGGACGUUUCAUCGAGUGGCCCAAGAGAUUGGCGGGAACCAGUUCGAAGACCUAAGUCAACAAGCGACUCCUACGGAAGGAGAGUGGCGGAGAGCACAGGACCCCACGCAAGAGGUCCAACCAGUCCGCUAUCGCGUGAGCCAGAAGAGGCCACCGCCGACCGUGGACGAGGCUCCCCGUGUUGAUCAGGACGAGGUGAUGACGGAGGCAGGGACUGAGUCGUUGCCACAGCGACCUCGCUUGAGUGAGCCAGCUUCACAAGCUUUUGCCACGGGGGCCUGUUGGUGGACAGACGUGGCCACCGAGAACUGGAGAACCGGGCGGGCGGCCUACUGGAAUGACGCAACUGCAGCGGUGGAAGUCGGUGUGGAUCUACCAGAGUCAAGUCGCGGCAAGCUUCGGAUGAUCAAUAACUUCGAGGGAUUCUUUGCAGGGGCGCUUAAGAAGCGCAGAUCAAAAACUUUCUUGCCGCAAAAGCCUUCGAAGCCCUUCCAGCUCAUCUUCAACCGUCGAAAGAACAAGCUAUCGGCAUGA